AUGCAAUCAGAGGACAAUACAUCAGCCCAUGUGCGUCAAUCAGCCGAAGACAAAUUAAACGAGCUUUUACAAAAACUUUUUGAAUUGAGUGUCAUUGUCUAUGAUUUUCAAGCGGAUGGAAAUAAGCUUGUGUGGAAGAAGAUUAAUGAGAUUGUCGAACACUAUAAAGAGAUUGAUGAUUUGAAAGAUGGCAUAGACUCAUUUAUACCAGAAGAAGUGAUAAACUUUGUAGAGCACGGAAAGAACCCAGAUAUAUUUACUCAAGCGUUCGUGGAAAGAGCAGCUACAGAGAAUCAAUUUACAAAUGGCAAAAUCAAGGCUGUUGGGGAAUUUCGGCAGUUGCUUUCAGAAGAGUUCACCAAAUCAUUCCCUGACCUCUACGACAAUGCAAACAGUAUGCUUGAAUCACAAGAAACGACAUCUACCGCACAACCCACAACCUUACCUGAACAAAACUGA